AGACUUAAACUUUUCUUUCAACUAUACACAUUUGAAAGCUCACCUUCACCUAAACUUCCCACACAAAAAGAAUACAAAAAUAUAAAAUAAAAUAAUAAAUAAAUAAAAAUCCAUGCAAUAAAGUCUUUCUUCUUCCUCUCUAAUCAAACCCUCUCUGCAAUUGCAAGUAUUUGUCAAAGAAAGAAAAGAAAAAUGGGUGUUGUGAAAGUAUCUCAAUCAUUUAGAACAAAAGUAACCCCAAAUCGAAUGUUCAAAGCCCUAAUUUUGGAUUCACACAACCUCGCCCCUCAGCUUUUGUUCUCAUCAAUCAAAAGCAUCGAUUUUCUCCAAGGCGAAGGCGAACCCGGCACAAUCAAACAAAUGAACUUCACAGAAGCUAGCCCGUAUAACUACGUGAAGCACAGAAUCGAUGCAGUGGACGAAGAGAAUUACUACUGCAAGUACACUUUGAUCGAAGGGGAUGCUUUGAUGGGGAAGCUGGAUCAUAUUGUAUACGAAGUGAAGUUCGAGGCGUACGGAUACGGUGGAUGCCUUUGUAAGAUAACGAGCGAGUAUUAUACGAUAGAGAAUGUGGAGAUUAAGGAGGAAGAUAUUGAGCAGGGUAAAGAUAGAGCUAUUGGGAUGUAUGAAGUUGUUGAAGCUUAUCUCUUGGCACACCCUCAUGCCUAUGUUUGAAAACAAAUUUUUUUUCGAUAUUUUUGGGGGGAUUUUUCUCACGAUUUGUUCGAUCGUUUUGGAGGAGCUCGUUUUGUUUCGAUUAACUAUGUUUUUUUUUGGUUGUAAGUUGGCUGGUUGUAAUGAUAUUUUGAUUCGAGUUUGUAUGUUGUUAAGAAUGUGUAUAACUAGUGUUCUUGUUAUGAAUGUCAAUCUUGGGAGAAUAUUAUUAUUGAGUUAUGUUUUGCUAUUUUUU